AUGUUCUGGGUUUUGACCUUUGGGCUCCUGUACACUCCCGAUUUUGUUGGUGCCUUUACUGACAAUGACUGCUAUGUAACAAUCAAGGAUGGAUUUUCCCAUGAAGGAGAUAUGACACUUGGUGCGUUCUUUCCCCUUCAUAUUUACUACACAAGCAAAAAUAUUCCUGUUACAACCGGAACAGAGUAUUUCCAUGAUGUUCUCAUACAGUAUAAAUUGAAGAACUACCGGUUUGUUCUGGCCCUGGUGUUUGCCAUCGAGGAGGUCAACAGAAACCCUUAUCUUCUCCCCAACACAACUCUGGGCUUUGAUCUCUACAAUGGUACACCUUAUGAAAUGAGUACCCUCAUUCCUCCCAUUUUGUGGCUUACCAGGACGAGGAAACCCGUACUUAAUUACAACUGUGUAAGGAAGAGAAUGUCACCUGCUGCACUCACAGGAACAUCAACGACCAUAUCUGCACGAAUAGGGAAACUGUUACAACUUUACAAAGUACCUCAGCUCACUUUUGGGCCAUUUGAUCCUGUCUUAAACGACCCAGAUCAGUUUAAAUUCCUCUACCAGAUGGCCCCCAAAGACACAUCUCUGCCACUUGCUAUAGUUUCUUUGAUGUUUCAUUUUAAGUGGUCCUGGGUUGGUGUGAUCCUCCCAGAUGACCACAGAGGGACUCUGUUUCUCUCAGGGUUGAGAGAAGCUAUGGAGAGUAAGAACAUCUGCAUAGACUUUUUGAAAAUGAUCCCUGGCACCUGGAAUUCAUUUUCCAGUGCAGUAUGGAAAAAUCUGGUGAAUAUUCAGGAAUCAUCAGCAAAUGUAAUAGUUAUUUAUGGGGACGUUACUUCUUUACAAGGUUUAAUGCGACACAUUCUGCAACUGUUAGUGACAUGGAAAGUGUGGAUCUUGAACUCUCAGUGGGAUGUUGAUAACAAUUUUGAUUAUUUCAUGAUAGAGUCAUUUCAUGGAAGUCUCAAGUUUUCACACCACCAUAAAGAGAUAGUAGACUUUACAAAUUUUGUUCGAACAGUUAAUCCCUACAAGUACCCAGAAGACACUUAUCUUCCCAAGUUUUGGUAUUUGUUCUUCAAGUGCUCAUUUUCUGAGGUUGAUUGUCAACUUUUGGAGAGCUGCCAACCCAAUGCUUCUUUGGAGUUACUGCCCAGACACCUUUUUGACCCAUCUAUGAGUGAAGAAGGUUACAAUAUAUAUAAUGCCAUUUAUGCUGUGGCCAACAGUCUCCAUGAUAUGAUUCUUCAACAAAUACAGAUACAACCAAAUGCUAAAGGAGAAGGAAUGGAAUUUUCCCCCUGGCAGUUCCUUCCUUUCCUCAAGAACACCCUACUGAAAAAUCAUGUCAGAAGUCGCACUGUAAUGGAUGAGAGAAAAAACUUAGAUCCAGAGUAUGACAUUCUCAACUUUUGGAAUUUUCCAAAGGGUCUUGGAUUAAAUGUGAAAAUAGGAACCUUUUCUCCAUAUGCUCCCAUUGAACAGCAGCUCUCUUUAUCUGUGCAGAUAAUUCAAUGGCCUACAGGGUUUACCGACACUCCUCAGUCGGUGUGCAGUGAGAGCUGUAGACUUGGAUUCCGGAAAGCUGCCCAGGAAGGCAAGGCUGCCUGCUGCUUUGAUUGCAUUCCUUGUGCAGAAAACGAGAUUUCUAAUGAGACAGAUAUGGAUCAGUGUGUGAAGUGUCCAGAAAGUCACUAUGCAAACUGGGAGAAGAACCACUGCCUCCAGAAAUCUGUGAGCUUUUUGGCCUUUGAUGACCCCUUAGGUAUGGCUCUCACCCUCACAGCGCUGUGUUUCUCUGUUCUCACAGCUGUGGUUCUUGCAGUCUUUGUAAAGCACAGAGACACACCCAUUGUCAAGGCCAAUAAUCGGGCUCUCAGCUACACCCUGUUAUUGACACUCAUCGUCUGUUUCCUCAGUUCCUUGCUCUUCAUUGGACAGCCCAACACAGCCUCGUGCAUCCUGCAGGAGACAGCAUUUGGAAUUUUGUUCACUGUGGCUCUCUCCACAGUGUUGGCCAAAGCUAUUACAGUGGUUAUUGCAUUCAGGGUGACUGCUCCAGCUAGAAUGGUGAGGUGGCUAAUGGUAUCAAGGGCCCCUAAUUUUAUCAUUCCCAUAUGCACUCUGAUUGAACUUGUUCUCUGUGGGAUCUGGCUGCUUACCUCUCCACCCUUCAUUGAUCAAGAUGCUCAUGCUGAACAUGGUCACAUCAUCCUUCUGUGCAACAAGGGUUCAGCAGUCGCCUUCCACUCUGUCCUGGGGUACCUGUGCUUCUUGGCACUUGGGAGCUACACCAUGGCCUUCCUGUCCAGGAAUCUGCCUGAUACAUUCAACGAAGCCAAAUUUCUGUCAUUCAGCAUGCAGGUAUUCUUCUGUGUCUGGGUCACCUUCCUCCCUGUGUACCACAGCACGAAGGGGAAAGUCAUGGUGGCUAUGGAAGUCUUCUCUAUAUUGGCUUCCAGUUCAGCACUGCUUGGCUUGAUCUUUGUCCCCAAGUGCUACAUUAUUUUGUUAAGGCCAGAUAAGAACUCCUGUGUUGACAUCAGGCAUAAAAUCCAUUCAAGAAGAAAUAGUCAUUUACGCUUUAGUUAA